GACGAGUGUAUUAUGGCUACCGAGGAAUGCUGAUAAAAACGGAGGCAGUAAGUGGGGAAGUUUCAGUUGUCAAACUGUCACAGACAGGCGUUCACGUCCAGGCAACGGGUGACAGAGGCGCUUUUACUGCAAUCGUUCGCAUCUGGAUGGACUUUUGGAAUUGUUUUUAUCAGUUGGCGAGUGUUUCUACGGCGCAGGUCGCGCAGUUCGCGAAUAACUCAGGGAAUUGCACACCUUGAGCAUCAGUACGUGGUGAAACAUCGAGGUGUCAAGUGCUGUCUCAUUCAACUGGUAACAAAUUAACGCGAGAACGUUUAUUAAUCCUAACAACAACAAUGAGUCUCGUCAAGCAGAAUUUCAAUUCCGAAUGUGAGGAUGGAAUUAAUAAGCAGAUAAAUAUGGAAUUGUACGCUAGUUACGUGUACCUAUCAAUGUCGUACUAUUUCGAUAGGUGUGACGUCGCUCUGCCAGGAUUGCAGAAUUAUUUCAAAAAAGCGUCAGACGAGGAACGAGAACAUGCCAUGAAGUUCAUGACUUAUCAAAAUAAAAGGGGUGGAUCGAUUGUAUUGACAGAUAUUAAGGGACCAGCUUUACAAAGCUGGGGAUCUGCCAAAGACGCUAUGGAACAGGCACUGAAACUUGAAAAGGCAGUUAAUGACUCUCUCCUUCAACUGCAUGCUCUCGGUUCAACCCACAACGACCCAAAUUUCGUGGACUUCUUGGAGACGGAGUUCUUACAGGAGCAAGUAGAUGCCAUAAAGGAGAUUGCAGAUCACGUAACCAAUCUGGAAAGAGUUGGAGAGGGUCUCGGUGUUUAUAUAUUUGAUAAAAAUUUCGAGAGCAGUAGUUAGAUAACUUUCCCAACCGCCGCAUUACAAGCACAAAUCAGACUCAUUAAUCUGGAAGGUACACAAUAAUUUAUUGUUACAGUGACAAUUGAGGUAAUUAUUUAUUGUAUUACUCGAUGCAACAACAUUGCACUGUAAAAAUUACUCAGAGUUAUAUUGCGAAUCCUUGUCUGAAGAACUUUGUUAAAAACAGUUCAUCCAAAUUGUUUGAAGAAAAACCGUUCGAAGAAUAUGGACCGCAACGAAUUUGCAGAAAAAAAUGUUUUAUUACAUAAUUCAGAACGUGUUUUCUGACGAAUGUGGAUAUAAUUUUUGUUUUUCAUUCAUUCGAACAGACUUUGUGAAUAUAAGCGGAUGGCUUCGGUCUAGGGGUUAGUGCGCCCACUGUUAAUAACCAGUUUUGCUUACCGAGUUCUCGCUUCUUUUCCUGCGUAAAAAAAUUAUGAUAAUUAAUGUCAUGGAUGCAUCUAAAGUCCUUAAAAAUAAUUACACUCCAUAUAAUGAUAAUCAUAGAAAAAAAUCAAAAUCUUGAGAUGCUUCUAUAAUUUUAAACUACAUGAACAGUUUUUUCUCAUGUUUUUUCCGUCGACAUCACGCCAUAUAACUCCAUUUUUCAUAUAAUAAUGAGUUGGAUGAACAGAUUUGUUGAACAUAAAGAGAACAGCGCGCUGACCCCAUGAACAAAGUGUCCUAUGAGCGAAGGUUUCAGUUACCGUGAUGAAAGUUUUCGUUUUCGCCUUCAAUUUGUGCUAUAACUCUUUCACGAGCCAAAACUAAUUUUCUGCACUCGUAUGAAAAUCUACUAUUAUUCGAACUAACUAUGAAACAUACUAUUUUGAGAUCCUAGCAAGUCAAUGAUAAUUAUCAAUUUCUAGCAGUAAAUUAAAAGCCAAUCGGAAUUUCAUUUCAAAGACUUUAAAGUAAAGCACAUCAAUAUUUUUUUAAUCGGCCCUAGGGGUUUUUAGUACCGUGGUAUUGGCAUCCGAGCUAAUGGCGAGGGCGAAUGGCCGACAUGCCACACGACGAAAAAUCCCUAGGGUACUAGUCAUGAAGGAUAUUUUACCAUAGGGAUUUUCAUUUUUUCGAGGUUGAGGAAGGGCCAAUGCCAAUCCCCGGAACAGAAAAAGUGAAAAUCAAUACGGAAAAAUUUAGUCAUAAGGAUACUCAAAUAUGUACUGAGGUUUAAUGACACUGAAUAAAUUUUAAUUGAAGCAA